CACUCGUGUCGGAGCAAGUUCGUUUCUGUUACUACACCUUCGGCAAAGACAUCAAACAGGUGGAGUAAGCAGAUGGUCGUGAUAUAAGUAUUCAGCUGCAAACUUUUUUUUUGUAUAAUUGCGAGGUGGAAAUAAUAUAGUAUACAAACCUGAACCCAGAGCAGAAUCUGACCACAAUGAAAAACAAGUUUUUGAAGAAGAGUCCGGAUCGUGGGAAAGGGAAGCCGACCACCGUGAGUACGGCGGCUAGCACAACUGAUCGCAGCACGGACCACGGCCAAAACGAAAACACCGCCUCUUCUGGGUUCGGGUGCCAGGGAAGCGCGUCGAAUGGAGGAUGCGCUCGUUACAACGCUCGGGCAGAUGAGGCGGUCGGCGCAAUAACCAAAAGCCCUGCCUUCGAACAUGACCGUGCACAUGACGACUUGUUGCUGGUCUAUGAAGAUUUUCUUGUUGAUAUUCAAGGGGUGGACCAAUCUACAGCAAAUAAGUCGCGGUGUGCGCAAAUGCACCAGCCCAAAGGUUCCGAGCACAGCCGCCAGCCCGAGCUUGAGCCCUUACUACUAUUCUCUCCCAGAAAUACAACAAGUCGUUCGAAUAAAAUAAAACCGGAGAAAAAUAUUGGUACGGAAGAUGAGCGGCGCCGCAGCACGGAACGGCUAGGUCCAGGGACGACGGAAGCAGUUGAACAAGGCACGCAGGAGGUCCCUCAUCCUCGUGUUCUUGAACUUGUAGAACAAGAUCCAGCACUGUACUGCGUCGCUAUGGACGAGUUCGGUGUUGCGCACACCAUGCGGGCUGCCGGUUUUGCUUCUAAUUCUGUCGGUCGUGAACAUAGUCCACGUAGCUACAACACGAUCAUCCCGACAAUGGACGGCGCGGCGCAGGCGUUGAAUGCGGAUGUUGCUGACGCGUCACAGGUCUUGCGAAGCCCUUGUGUCGGCGCUGUUUUUCUGGACCUCGCAGACGCAGCUUCAACCGAUCAAGCAGCUGAUCGUGAUCCGACUGGAGUACUAGAUCACCGCAUUGUAAUGCCAACAGCUGGUGGUCGAGAACGAAAUCAACAGCGGCAAACACGUCGACCACAGCAGCAUUUUUUUUGCGACGCGGACAGCUGGAUGCACUUCGUGACCCGUCCGGUGCCCGUCAGUCACAUCAUCUGUCCGCUGCAGGGGCGGGCGGGGCCCGGUGCUCUUGAGGUUAAGUACGCGAAGCGGCGCUUUCUCGAGGGGCGCAUCCGUGCCCUGCAAAAAUCGCAGGUCGUGUCUCCUUCAAACGCCGGUCAAGCCGGCGACGGCGUGUUGGAUCUGGAUAGCGAGAAGGCAAAGGCAGCAGGUAGCGCCAUAGUAGUGGACAGCCGAGGAACUGUGCGUGGCGCCAUCAGCUGCGAAGUCCGCAGGUUGGAACUGGUGCUUGCAAGCCUCAACCUUGCUUGUAGUUCUAGUUGUCCUCAUCAACAUGAGAGUUCUACUGGUGAGACCUUAUCGUCAUCUCUACGAGAAGAACAAAAGGCGGCAGCGGAAGAAGAUAAAGGUUGCGAGAAAAUGGCAAAAGUAAAAGACAACACGACGGCCGGAAAGGUGCAAAUGAAGAAGAUGCAGCAAGGAAAUUUUUUGUUCCGGCCGUGUUCAAGAACAAGACGUAUAAGCUCGCUCCGCAGGAGCAACGACGACGAGAACGCGGCUUUCGACAACAGCAAUACAAAUACUUUUGGAGAGGGGCAGCUGUGCAAAAGCUUCUCACUGAUCUCGGCGACAUCCAGGGCAAAGCGGCAACGCGGUGUGUUACAACUGAAGAAGGCGUUCCGGCAGAUGCAACUGCGAGGAGCUGGCAGGUACAAUUAUCAUGCGAGGCUUCAGGUGGAAUUGGCUCAACAGAAAAAUCAGUCCCGAGCAAAACUUUCUCCGUCGUGGGCGUCAGCAUCAUCAUCAAGAAAUGUUUUGACGAGGACGCGCAUUCACCUUCAGAGCUGCCUGCAAUCACCGCAGGAACAAAAUAUCAGAGGUGCCGUUACCCUCGCAUCGAAGGACAGCGUCAUUCGGAAAGAACACAACAACAUCAAUGAGAUCAGUAUCGCAAGAAGGACGUCAAUGCUGUUGAAUAUUUCUGGGACGUCGAUUCCGACACUUACUGUCGACGGGCGCGUGGGCAUUCUCCCCGGCCUUGCACAGGACCUGGACCAUGCGCGAAAAAAUAAAACCACCUGGAGGAAUAGUUCGCCUCGUGCUGGUGCUGCUCCCGUCUGCAAUUAUGAAGAACAAGAAGAUGUACUAGAUCAUGACGAGCAAGCAAGCCGUCGGGCUCGGUCGCAGCAAGAAAAACUACGCGCAGCCUAUCUGGAAGGGUUCCGCCGGAGAUACCUUCCGUUUCUGCGUCCAGACGUCGAGCAGUACCACGUACGUGACUUCGCGGGAAUGUGGGCACCCACUGCAGUUGCGCAAACAAAAAAAUCUACCGCCUUCCGCGCCAGAGCCCUACGAAAAGCUGCGCUCGCAGGUACUAGCAUGCAUUGUGUUGGUCGAGGAGGUGCAACUAGUAGUGCUGCUACAACUCGGAUGAAACACGACCAAGCAGCCUCCUCGCCGUCGUUCACCUUAUCUUGUUGCAUGGAAGAUAUAUCGCUCGACCAGGACCAGGAAGUGACCGGAAAUAUCAAAAGUGGAAUGACUCUACCACCCAGUAUUAGUAGAGGCACAGCAGCAGCAGGAGCACCAACAGCAAAAACAGUGCCGACUUCUUCUCUGCUAGAGACCGUUUUCGUUCUGGAUGACCGAAGCGGUAGCAUUCUCGACGUUCAGUGGGUACAAAAGAGAAGAACCAUUGGCCUCGGGGCCACUGCGUUUCCGUUUCGUCGCUGUGGUACCGGUGCGUCGCAUCCUUUCGAGACCACCGGCAGGCGCAGGAUUUUUCCCUCGGAGCUGGUCGUGUUUGCACUGGAAGGACAAGCUAGUUUGAACGGCUACGCACAUGAGGUCCUCCCCGACUCCUGCAGGCUGCGCAUUGCGCACAGGAAGCGCCAAUGGCGGGCGUACUGUCGCAAGCUCGUCGAAAAGAGAAUGAUUCCUGCUCGACGUCCACCAGCAGCACGAGGGGAAAGAACCGGGCACCACCAGCAGGAGAACUACUUCAUUGAGGACGAGCGGAGCAACGUUGACGUAGUAGCCAAGCAUACCGUCGGACCACGCGAGGAGAUUUUCCAGAAAGAUGCGCUUGUCCUUGGGAGUUUUCCUUUUCAGCUGACGGCACCAGAUUCAUCCACGAAAAAUACACAACAACAGGAACAACAACUUCCUUCGCGGAUCUUUGUCAUGGAUCUCCCAAGUGGUGCCGUUGUUUCCAGUCGGUUUGCCACCGCACGCACCAUAACUCCGAACGUGCAGUAUCGCAAGAAACAGUUUUUAGCGGCGCGCGAAGACCAUCAGAAGUCGCACGGACCACAGGAUACAACCGCCGGACCUGGCAGGUUGCUCCAGAUCGCGGACCGCUUCCAUGAUCACCGUUCGAGAACGUCGGCAUAUGACACUAGUUGAUCACGACUCCCCUCCGCUCAUUUGAUUUGUGGACAAAUGCUUAGGUUUUGAUAUUGAUGUCGCAGUGUGAGUGUGCGUUGUCCUCGUGACUACAGUACGCAAGAGUAAUUAUUGAUUCAUCUUAUGAGCGACCAUGCCUAUGCCAAACCCAAACCCCUCGGACGUGUCCGUGUGCAUCAUUCAUCAUGAUACAACUCCUGAUCAUGGAGGAGCUCCACCUGGACACUUGACGUUGCUAGCUCUGUUAAUUUACCAACGAUAUUCUACAAUCAUAUCCAUAUGACCGGAGGGGCGUGUACUAGUUGUCCACUUUCAUUAGGCGCGGAGUAGUUCUUGUUGUUUGUCCCUUCGUCCCAAUAAAAACGAUACGUGGUCCGAGAGCGUCGAGGAGGAGGAUCGCUGGAGCUCUGCCUUCGCCUUCGCGAGCUAG